UUGGCCUCAGGUUUGCAGAAUUCAGGAAGUGGAGAUUCAAUGAGACAGCAAUUAAUGCAGUUACAGCAGCCUGUCCAAUAUCUUCAACAUUCAGGCAGCAACAAUUUACUGUUGCAGCAGCAGCAGCAACAGCAAGUCAUUCAGCAAUCCAUUUCUCCUCAUAUGCUGCAUGCACAAAAUCAAAUGCUACCGGAGAAUCUGUUCAAACCAAUACAAGUGAAUAAUCGAUCACAAGAACAGGAACAGCAGCAUACUUAUCAGGAGGCACAUCUGAUGCAAAGCGAUCAGCUCCUGCAGAGGCAGCCAUCAAAUCUCCCCUCUCCUUCAUUUUCUAAGACAGACUUCACAGCUUCAAACACCAAAUUUCCAACUUCUAUUGCUCCUCCCAGUGUGCAAAAUAUGCUGGGUUCACUUUGCCGUGAAGGGAGUGGUAAUCUUUUGAAUUUCUCAAGAACUGGUCACUCCAUGCUCAGUGAGCAGCCACCACAACUGUCCUGGGUUACCAAUUUUGCUCAUCAACAAGGCCAUACUUCUUCCAGUUCGGUGUCACUUUCACCAUAUCCUGGGAAAGAUGCUGCUGUGGAGCAGGAUACUUCUAGCUUGGAUGCCCACAAUCAAGCUCUUUACAGUGCUAAUAUUGACUCAUCUGGGCUCCUACUCCCCACGACUGUCUCCAGUGUUGGUAGUUCUGCAAUUGAUGCUAGUAUAUCCUCCAUGCCAUUGGGGGCUUCUGCAUUUCAGAGUUCUCUGUAUGGCUACAUGGAGGACUCGUCUGAGUUGUUGCAUAGUGCAGGACAAGUUGACCCACAAAACCCAACUCGUACAUUUGUUAAGGUUUACAAAUCUGGGUCGGUUGGGAGGUCACUGGAUAUCACCCGUUUCACCAGCUAUCAUGAGCUGCGAGAGGAACUGGGUCAGAUGUUCGGGAUUGAAGGGUUGCUUGAAAACCCACAAAGAUCAGGCUGGCAGCUUGUAUUUGUCGACAGGGAGAAUGAUGUGCUUCUCCUUGGAGACGACCCAUGGGAUGUGCAAAAUAUGCUGGGUUCACUUUGCCGUGAAGGGAGUGGUAAUCUUUUGAAUUUCUCAAGAACUGGUCAGUCCAUGCUCAGUGAGCAGCCACCACAACUGUCCUGGGUUACCAAUUUUGCUCAUCAACAAGGCCAUACUUCUUCCAGUUCGGUGUCACUUUCACCAUAUCCUGGGAAAGAUGCUGCUGUGGAGCAGGAUACUUCUAGCUUGGAUGCCCACAAUCAAGCUCUUUACAGUGCUAAUAUUGACUCAUCUGGGCUCCUACUCCCCACGACUGUCUCCAGUGUUGGUAGUUCUGCAAUUGAUGCUAGUAUAUCCUCCAUGCCAUUGGGGGCUUCUGCAUUUCAGAGUUCUCUGUAUGGCUACAUGGAGGACUCGUCUGAGUUGUUGCAUAGUGCAGGACAAGUUGACCCACAAAACCCAACUCGUACAUUUGUUAAGGUUUACAAAUCUGGGUCGGUUGGGAGGUCACUGGAUAUCACCCGUUUCACCAGCUAUCAUGAGCUGCGAGAGGAACUGGGUCAGAUGUUCGGGAUUGAAGGGUUGCUUGAAAACCCACAAAGAUCAGGCUGGCAGCUUGUAUUUGUCGACAGGGAGAAUGAUGUGCUUCUCCUUGGAGACGACCCAUGGGAGGCUUUUGUGAACAAUGUCUGGUAUAUCAAGAUCCUUUCACCGGAGGACGUGCUGAAACUGGGGAAGCAAGAGGCUGAAUCAUUGAGCCAAAUUGCUGUUGAAAGGAUGAACAGCAGUGGCACUGACAGCCGAGACCUUCUUUCUGGACUUCCAUCUCUUGGAUCACUUGAAUACUGAGACUGGCAGAGCAGAUUUCUAUCCUCCCACGAAACUUCUCGUCUACUCUCUACUGCCGAAGAUUCCAGAAGUUCCUAUUAUUUUGCACUUCAUCACGUCUUAGUUGCUUUUAGUAGGUGUGAUCACUCGUGGUUAUGCCUCUGUAUCGUGUUAUGUCUAUCCAAUCACGUUUUAUUAGAAGUCCAUUAGUUUUGUUACCGAAUCUGAACCUUAGGGACAGAACAUACGCGAUAUUGAUCUCCAAGAUUCGAGAAUCAGAAACUUGCGAAACAUUUAUGGACAAUCUAAUCUGAUGCCCUGAACCUGAGACAUGCAAUCUUACUCUUCUGGAA